AUGACCAACCGCGGACACCAUCAGUUGCCAGACUCUUCAUCGUCCCCACCAAACUUACAAUUUGGAUAUAGUGCAGGAGAUAUCUCGGAAGAUGAGGUCUCGGAUUUGCCGAGCUGUGCUUUUGCGUCAAGACCCACGUCGAAUUCUGGGAUUCAGCAUCAUUAUCUCACGUCGCUACAUCAUAAUGCAGACAGCCAGUGUGGUGGCGCACUGUCCAACUCGGAUUACUACGGAUCUUCCCCCUACAGGGUGCAGAGACACGCUGCCAACAUAAGGGAACGGAAAAGGAUGCUGAGGUCUGCUAUUGGACCCACCGGCAGUAUAAACUCUGCGUUCGACGAACUUCGUAUGCACGUGCCGACCUUCCCUUACGAGAAACGCCUCAGCAAGAUCGACACCCUCCGCCUGGCCAUCGCCUACAUCGCCCUCCUCAGGGAGGUGCUCACGGCCGACUGCGACCCCCUGACCUACGUGGAGAGGUGCCUCAGGGGAGAGAUCAAGGCGGACAGGGCCAACUGGAACACGAGCGAUUUAACAGCCCGUCUCUCAUGGAUUAACUGGGAAAACCUCGGUGUGACUCCUGGAAGAAGGAGUGCGUUAACGUCGAUGGCUUUGACUGCAGAUAAUAUUAAUGGCCAGUAA